GCUGCACUCGCUGAAGAUGGCGGACUGCAGCACACUGCUGGAUGAAGAUCUGGAGUCUUUCGUGUUCAACUACCUGACUGACAGCCCGGAGCCUGGUGAGGAACCUCUGUCACUGGACUUCCCCGAGAUCGAUCUCUCCCAGUUGGACGCUGGUGAUUUUGACACUAACAGCUGUUUUAAUGAGUUGCAGUGGUGUACGGAUCAGUCGGAAAACGAGUCCAGCCAGUACAGCACUGACGACUCCGAGCUUUUUCAGAUCAUAUACGGUGACAAUGAGGCCUUGUUGGAAGCCCUCACCCAGACAUUGGAUGAUGAGAUCAGCUUGUCAGCCUUCAUGUCCUCUGGAGAUGGGGACUUCUGCCCCGCACCCGCCCUCUCGCCAAAAUCCUGCCUCCCAUCUGAGUCCUUUAAGGGUCUAGAAACUGAAGAUGAGCUGUCUAUACUAAAGAAGCUACUUCUUUCUCCAGCACAGACACCCACGGGUUCUGACACUCACAAUGACAGCAGCUGCAGGCAAACAGGGAUCACAAAACUUCGUCCUCACCGCCAGUGUCUGAAGGUGGAGAGUCCAGUAGAAAGACAGAGUGGUGUUCCUCAGAUGCAUUUGAGAGGCUGUACUGAGCUGCAAAGGCAUUUGGUGUCACCUGCAAAUGUCCCAUCAUCUUCAGCUAAGGAUGACAGCCUUGACAGCAACCAGGAAGCAGAAAGUGACACAGCUGAGGAGGAUCAGAGUGGGGAUGAAUCUGGGAGCUUCACUCCAUUACCAGCUUUACAGAGCCAGGAACCUCAAUUCACAUGUGAGCGGGAGAAGCAAGCUGUGGUUGACCUUAUUAGGUAUAUGCACACCUACUGCCUUCCACCUAAAAAACAUCACAGUGAUGAGAAACACCAGCAUUGUACUGGUCUCCCAAAGAGAUCAAAGACUAACACCAACCCAUCUGUGCAUUCUUGUUCCAACCGAGUAAUCAAAGUGAACUCUGCUAAUGCCAAGGGCAAGUGCUAUGCACAGGGAAAAUAUAAAAAGACAAAACCAACAAGGACCGAAUCUUCAAUUCUUAAAGUACUACUUGCAAAAGACAUUUGUGGGGAUGUAAGCAAGCCUUACAGGUUGGCGCAACCGGUAUAUGCAGCUUUUACUGAUUCUUCUUGUAGCCAUCCAUUACUUUCGAUCAGGAGAGAGAGCAGAUGCAUGGAAGCAGACACUGAAAGGCCAGCACAUAACGCUCCAGAGCAGGUGACCAAUAAAUCUGCGUUCAAACAGGAAUGCUCUGUUUAUGCAGUCAGGCGCUCAAGUAGACUAAAUCCAGAGUUCUGGUUUAAUGAUGAAGUUUCUCCCCAGACAUGCACAGCACAGGCAGGCAUGAAUGCCCAGAUUACCACGGAACGAUCUCACUGCUUGACAACAGAGCCUUUCGUUGAUGAAGAGCAGGUGGCCGAAGUGGAAGUUGAAGAGUCUAUUGAAACUACUGGUCGGGUUGAAGGUGAUAGAACUCUACAAGACAUGCUUGAAAUGGAUGCCAGGGAAGCACACAGUGAUCUUGUCAAAGAAGGGUGCCACACCUUAGGUGGCACCAGAUGCUCUACAGUCUCCUUGUCACAAACGACAUCUGCAUUUGAGAAGAGACACUUUGAUCAAGGAAUUUCUGUUGAGCUGUGUGGGACUGCAGGUCUUACACCCCCAACUACUCCUCCAUACAAGCCUGCAGAGGAGGAUCUGUACAAGCCUGAGAUCAGCCAGGGUUCUGCAAAUAGUGAUCCCUCGAUUACCUCGCCUGUAAAAACGGGAGAGACUGAAAAGCGUCUUUUUGUGAAUAGGAGACUGUCAAGGAAACAGCCCGAGAGGACUGAAUUGUUUGCACACUUAAGCAAAACCUCAUCCGUCCCUGUUAACCCCCCACAAGGAAUUAAGAGGCCAUUUUCCCGGUUUGGAGACCACGAUUAUUGCCAGGUGAAGAAGUCAGAGCCAGCUUUCCAGAGAAAAGUGAUUAAAUCUGUGGACAGGUCAGGUUAUUGUGACAGGAAGCACAUAGUGCCUCCAGUACUGGAGAGGAAAAUGUCCUCUGAGAGAGAGGACAGCAAACAGCUGAAGGACCAUGAAAUUCGAGCAAGUCUCACCAAGCACUUUGGUUCUCCAGAUAACACUCUUAAAGAGGAAGAAGAUAAUGUUACGUGUACCAGCCCUGAGUAUGAUUCAGCCUUUGAGGACAGUGAGAGUGAGUGCAACUCUCCAGAGGAUGACAUCUGCCUUUCUCCUCUUCGAAAAAAGUCAUAUAAUCAUAGGAACCCUACUUCCAAGCUACAGAGCUAUCCUCGAAAUCAGGCUACCACUCAAAUUAUACGGACACCUGACAACAGGAGGUCACAAAGCAAGCAAGAGAUCAGUGAGCACAGACAGACUGGACACUGGAACCAAAGACAACUCCAAAGGAAGAGAGAGCAGGUAAUUGAUGAAGGAUGGGUCAUUGUCAUCAGAAACCUCUCAAACAGCAUUAAUGCUCAUGAACUGAAGAAAAGGUUUGAAGUGUUUGGAGAGAUCCUCGAAUGUCGUGUCCUUAGUAAAAGCAGAGGAGAAAAGUAUGGAUUCAUUACUUACCGACGGUCAGAGCAUGCUGCAAUGUCAUUAAAGAAGGGCCCCUCUCUGAGAAAAAAGAACGAACCCUUAUUUCACAUGAGCUAUGAAGGUUCCAGACAUGUGUUUUGGACCAAAUAUCGCCAUCUAGAUUCAAGUGCAGAAGAGCCCUCAUCAAUGAAGUAUAAGCCCAUGGAUUUUGACAACUUGCGUCGAUGACAGCCUUAUAAAAGAGGAGUACCUCAAUACCUCAAGACAAGGCACUUCCAAGAUGUUUACGUUUUUUGAAACAAAAAAAUGGAAUAGAGAAACAAAAGACUUGAUCCUUUAAAUUGAUGUUUACAUUGAACAAAGCUGCUUCUGUAUGUGAUUUUAUCCCAUGGUGUUGCUGUCUCACUGCCACAUUUUAGAAUCGUUGCUUUUCCAGGUAUGUCUGUAAACCUCCUGUGCUUCCCUUUCCCCCUUGUGGUUGCAGCUAUGUUCUCCAUAACAUUUUGUCUGUAGUACGUUGAAAAA